CUUGUGAUCAGCUCCUUCAAUUUAGUUUGCUUUUUUGCUUGCGGAGAAAAAAAAUGUCGGGUUAUCCAAAUCAGCCUUCCGGUUACGGUUACGGCUACGGCGGCGCCGGUGGUUACGGAGCUCCACCACCGACGGCUCAGCCUUACGGUUCUUCACCCUACGGCUCGCAACAUCCUCCGCCUCACUCUCAGCAGCCGUACGCUCCGGUGGCUGCGCCAUACGGUGCACCGUCGGCACCUUACGGGUCAAAUCCGGGUGAAAAGCCGCACAAGGACAAGCCUAAUCAGUCUCACGGCGGAGUUGGUGGAAGUCAUCAGUCUUACGGCGGUCAUGGUUAUCCACCGCCAUCUGCUUAUGGAAGCCCUUUCGCCUCACUCUUGCCCUCGGCUUUUCCGCCUGGUACUGAUCCGAGCAUUGUUACCUGUUUUCAAGUAGCCGAUCAGGAUGGGAGCGGGUUUAUUGAUGAUAAGGAGUUGCAAGGUGUUCUAUCUUCGUAUAAUCAGAAGUUUAGCAUCAGAACUGUUCAUCUCCUCAUGUACCAUUUCACCAACACGAACACAAGGAAGAUCGGACCCAAGGAGUUCAUUGCUCUGUUUUAUGGUCUUCAGAGCUGGAGGGGUAUUUUUGAGAGAUUUGAUUCAGACAGAAGUGGAAGAAUCGAUUACAAUGAGUUGCGAGAAGCUCUUUUGAGUUUGGGCUUUGCAGUCUCACCGAUGGUCUUGGACUUGCUCGUGUCUAAGUUCGACAAAAGUGGCGGGAAAAGCAAGGCCAUUGAAUAUGAUAAUUUCAUAGAGUGCUGUCUUACGGUCAAGGGACUGACUGAGAAAUUCAAGGAAAAGGACACCACAUAUUCGGGUUCUGCAACCUUCAGUUACGAGGCGUUCAUGCUGACCGUCCUGCCAUUCCUCAUCGCCUGAUGAGUUUCUCAGCCUUCAUUCCAGCAUGUGUGGUCAGUGUAAAGCUUGAGUUUUCUUUGGUUUUUCUUUUGAAUCUCUGUUGUGUUUGAUAGAAACUAUAUGUAUGUAGUCUUAUCCUUAUCAACGCUCUUUGUUUAUGUAUAAGUUGGCUAUCCUAAGUAUUCAAUGAUAGUUCCAUGAUUGUCUCAACUA